AUGGACGCGCUCACUUGGUUAUCCCUCGGUCUACAAUUCGCGGCACUAUGCUCUAUUGUAGGGGCAUUGCUGCUAUAUCUGCUGAGGAAGGUCAGGGUAGCUGAAGUACUGCCAGCUGACAGCGCUAAAACAGUGCUAGUAACAUCAGUUGAUACAGCAUUGGGACUACAAAUUGCAACAUACCUAAGCAGUCGUGGUUGGCGAGUGAUCGCUGGCUGCAGGACAGGUGGACUAGGAGCCCGCCUGGCCGAUUCCUGGCUGCAAGCUCAUAUUGCGACCACGCCCGAAGACCAGCCGAAGCCGAGGCUCGUCACUCUUGAGUUGGACGUGGCUAGAGAGGAUCUGCUGGAGGAAGCCGCGAGAGCUACUGCCCAGCACUUACCCGCUGGAGAACAUGGCAUCUGGGCGGUAAUCAAUACGGCAGGCAGUAGUGGUCGCGGCGGGGCUACAUGUUGGGAGGCGGCGCUGCGAGGAAACGUGCUGGGAGCGCUGCGAGUCGCGAGGACAUUCUCUCCCUUACUAGCUGCGGCUGCGGCUGACCAUCCGCAUGCUGGCAGGCUGUUUUAUAUUGGAUUGACAUCAGACACAGCUUGCGAGAGCCUAUCGCGCCUCGAAGCAGGAGAUACGGGUGAGAAUAGUGCCGGUGCAGCGGCCGCGCGCUGGGGAGUGUGGGGAGCUGCGCGGGCGCUCCGUGCCGGCCUGCGUGCGCGCAGACUACAUGUUGUACUGCUACACACGCCGGAUCUAGCUGCGCAGGAGAUCUACUCGCCACCCUCACUGUUACAACCACCUAGCCAGCCCGCAAGCCGUCCCGAAACCCCAAGCUCCGAAGUAAGCGCUGGCACCGCUAGCUGCGCAGUGACUAUGCCGGGAGAAGCAGCUGAAUACAGCGCUAAGAUCCUACCGACCAGUGCUCUGAAGAUUCUAGAAGAUGCUCUUACAGUACCUUCACCAAGAGACGCCUACUACCUGAAGGUGAAACAAGACUCCUGGUUCACCAGGAUGCCCUCGCUGAGAGUCGCACACUGA